CUGAAAAAUGGCUACGCAAAACAAGGUUAGUCAGGAUAAUUCGGAUCUUCGGUUCAGAAAACAUGGAGAAAUAUUAAAGAAAGUCUAUGGUUCUCCAGAUGAUAUCAAAGUCAGCACGUCCUCUCGAAAUAUACUGAUGCCGUGGUUAUGGGAUUGGCUCGCGGAGCCUGUUGAUGCCAUCUCCAUUUCUUUGUUCCGUGUGUUCUUUGGGUUUGGAAUGACCUGGCACAUAAUACGCCUCUUGAGGAAAUCAACUGUAGAUGCGAACUUCAAUUUUCCUGAGCUAAACUUUCAUUAUCCAAUAGCUCGAGACAACGUCAUAACUCCAAGAAUUGAAGUUGUAUACGCGAUUACCAUGGCAAUUCUUCUGUCGUCCAUAACAAUGAUGAUCGGGCUGUUUACCAAACUGUCAGCAGCAGUAUUUGUCACAAGUUAUGUAUGGUUUAAUGCGUUAGAAAAAUCUCGUUAUAAUAACCACUACUAUUUCUAUGCAAAUUUGGCGCUUUUGAUUGCAGUAACAGAUUGUGGACGCAGAUUUUCAAUCGAUAGUUUCCUCAAAAAGUCAGUGGCAGACACCACCGUUCCUCGGUGGCAGACAUCUAUAUUCAAAUUCAUGGUAGUCGUUUGUUAUUUCUUUGCAGGUAUUGCAAAAAUGAAUUAUGACUGGGUCAUUAGAGGUGAACCUAUGACAAUGUGGAUGUCUACAAAAAUUGAUUCACAAAGUAUAAUACCAAGUACACCAUUCGUGAUAAAAUGUAUUGGCUACUUCAUGAGUCUAGGGGGUCUUAUAUUUGAUACAUUUAUCGGAAUUUUACUUGUUUCGUCAAGGUUUAGACCUUUUGGUUUCUUUUUAACGAUGAUUUUUCAUGUUUCUAACCAUUUUCUGUUUAGCAUUGGAACCUUCCCUUGGGUUAUGUUGACGACAAAUUUUCUAUUCGUUCCUCCUGAAUCAUUUAGAAAUGGCUUCAGAAAAUUCUUAUCAAUGGUGAAUCUAAAAAUUGAUACUAAACAACAAUCUGCUAUACAAGAAAAUAUACCUUCUACAGAUAACACUUAUAACACAGAUAAUAAACAGAGUAAAAACAAAUCUACAAAAUUUUCAAAACCAAAAGUUUCUCUGAAAAUUAAGUUAUUUUUGGGAUGUUUUGUUGGUUGGCAUUUACUUAUGCCUCUGCGUCACUUGUUGUAUAUGCAACAUAGCUCAGUUAAUUGGACAUUGUACGGGCACCAGUUCAGUUGGAGAAUGAUGUUAAAUGACGAAGAGGUUCUAUUGAGAUUGCAUGCAAAACUAGAUGUCGACAGUGAAGAAGAAUUCAUCCAGGAUAUAACAAGUACUCUGAUGAACUUGCGGCAAGCAAAGCGAAUGAUAACAGACCUCGACUUAGUUCUGCAAUUCGUCAACCACUGGACGACUAAGUCCCCUGGAUCACCAGAAGCUCCAGUCAGUAUCAAAGCAGAACUUUGGAAAUCUUUAAAUGGAAGGCCAUUCCAGCGCUGGGUUGACCCGGAAGUAUUUUUGAGCCAGGUGGAUCCUGACGACUGGAAUCAAGACUGGAUCCUACCUAUGGUUCCUGACGACUUCAUCGAUUUUAAUGAGUUGGAGAGGAUUGAGCUGGUCAAUACAGAAAGAAAUAUACCGACAUCGUUCUUUAUGGAAAGAUCAUAUGAGACAUUUGCAACAUUCCACCACAACUGGUCUGGAUGUCAGCAUAUCACUGUCGCAUGCAUACGCGGGGAACUAUUUUAUAGACUUGACGAUGGCGAUGACGAGCACCAGAUCAUGCCUGGGAUAAACUUCCCCAUCCCUCUCAGCACAAAGUACCAACUGUUCACGAAGGAAUCACCAGCCAUCUGGAUGUACGAGCAUGAUUGUGACAAGGGACUCUUUCACCAUGGAAUGGACAUGCUGAGUCUGGCGAGAUUGGCGGCCGAGUACCAUAUCGCUAUGAGAGAGUCUUCAAAACAGCUAUAGGCCAACGACUGCCCAUGGCUUUCUAGUGUAACAGAAUUGUUGUUUGCAGAGAAUGUCUCGACGUUUCGACUGAGUUGCUUCAAUCGUCUUCAGAUAUUGUUUUCCUGAAUAGUUUCGAAACUAUCUACGUGUACCGCAAGCAUUAAAUAUACAAACAUAUUCAUUAGGAUUGAUUGGCGCAGCUGCUGCAAUUCAUGCUCUUAAACCUUGCCGUAGUGUUCGGACCUAGCAUUUUUGUUGUGUUGCUUCAUUUACGGUUUUCGUUCUCAAUCUAGGAGUAUAAGUGGGAACCUACGUACUUUAUUUAAUUUACUUAUAUUUUUAAUUGCGUUUUAAUGUUGUUUCUUUUUUAUUUUGUGCAUUUUGAUGGUGACUGUUGUUUCUUAAAUAUUAAAUAUACAUUUUAUUUAUA